UCAACUGAAUGCUGUUCUAGUAAAAUUUUUCUCAGGAAACAAACACUACUUUUUCCCCCGCCAUCUCUACCCCUUUACGCAGCCCUCCCUCUCACUAUAUAGUGUGAAAGAAAGCUCAAUGAACUCACCAAAUGAAACCCCUGAUCAAUUCUCCCAAUUCCCCCUUCCGCAUUUCACUCUCACUCCACCUUUACCAAACCCUAACCCUAAUUUCCCUCCAACCCCAAACUCAACUCCCCCAAACUCAACUCCAACACUAACCCCAGUCCUCGAUUCUAACACCAAUGCUACACCUUCUCUCGAUGACCAACUUCUACCCUUCCCAGUUCCCAAAAAGCGACGACGCGGCAGGCCCCGACGCACUGCCUCAACGUCAUCGUUUCAACUCCUUACCUUCCCCAAUGAUUCAUUCAACCCCAAUGUUCCAUACUCUGACCCUAACCCUUAUUCGAUUCCCUCAUCAGUAGCGGCGUCGACACAAACUUCACAACCCAAAAUUGCCGACGAGAUCAUUGUUAUCAAUAAAGAAUCGACGGCUGAGGCUCUCACCGCUCUUUCCGCUGGAUUCCCUGCUGAUUCUCUCACUGAGGAAGAAAUUGACUUCGGCGUAGUUUCCUCUGUUGGUGGCAUCGAGCAGGUAAAUUACAUUCUUAUUCGAAAUCACAUUAUUGCGAAAUGGCGUGAAAAUAUAUUCAAUUGGGUGACUAAAGAAAUGUUUGUUGAUUCUAUACCACAACAUUGUCGUACGCUCUUAGAUUCUGCUUAUGAUUAUUUGGUUACUCAUGGAUAUAUAAAUUUUGGGGUUGCCCCAGCAAUCAAGGACAAAGUUCCUGUCGGUCUUAGUAAAGGUAAUGUGGUUAUCAUUGGUGCUGGAUUGGCGGGGCUGGCUGCGGCUAGACAGCUAAUGAGGUUCGGAUUUAAGGUGACGGUUUUGGAAGGGAGGAAGAGAGCAGGUGGGAGGGUUUAUACAAAGAAGAUGGAAGGAGGGAAUAGGGUAAGUGCAGCUGCGGAUUUAGGUGGGAGUGUAUUAACAGGUACAUUGGGGAAUCCAUUAGGGAUCAUGGCAAAACAAUUGGGUGCUUCGCUUUUUAAGGUGAGGGAUAAGUGUCCACUUUAUCGGAUGGAUGGGAGUCCAGUGGAUCCAGAUAUGGAUAUGAAGGUGGAGACGGCUUUUAAUCGGCUUUUGGAUAAGGCUAGUAAGCUUAGGCAGUUAAUGGGGGAGGUUUCCAUGGAUGUUUCACUUGGGGCAGCAUUAGAGACGUUUAGACAGGUUUAUAGAGAUGCAGUAACUGAAGAGGAGAUUAAUCUGUUCAAUUGGCAUCUUGCAAAUUUAGAAUAUGCAAAUGCAGGAUUGGUUUCAAAGCUUUCACUUGCAUUUUGGGACCAAGAUGAUCCAUAUGACAUGGGAGGGGAUCAUUGUUUCUUGCCUGGAGGGAAUGGAAGGUUGAUUCAGGCUCUAGCAGAGAAUGUGCCUAUUUUAUAUGAGAAGACUGUGCAUACUAUUAGGUAUGGAAGUGAUGGAGUGCAGGUUACGGCAGGAAAUCAGGUGUUUGAAGGUGAUAUGGCACUAUGUACUGUUCCUCUUGGAGUUUUAAAGAGUGGGUCAAUAAAGUUUGUUCCUGAGUUGCCUCAGAGGAAACUUGAUGGGAUAAAGAGGUUGGGAUUUGGGUUGUUGAAUAAGGUCGCUAUGCUUUUCCCUUAUGUAUUUUGGGGUACAGAUCUUGAUACCUUUGGGCAUCUUACCGAAGAUCCAAGUCGCCGAGGGGAGUUUUUUCUAUUUUAUAGCUAUGCAACAGUUGCUGGUGGUCCUCUCUUGCUUGCUUUAGUAGCAGGAGAAGCUGCACAUAGGUUUGAGACUCUGCCUCCUACAGAUGCAGUAACCCAAGUUCUCCAAAUUCUCAAGGGUAUAUAUGAACCGCAAGGAAUCACUGUCCCUGAACCCCUCCAAACCGUCUGUACUAGAUGGGGUGGUGAUCCCUUUAGCCUAGGUUCAUACUCUAAUGUUGCUGUGGGAGCAUCUGGAGAUGACUAUGACAUAUUAGCAGAAAGUGUGGGGGAUGGAAGACUUUUCUUUGCUGGGGAGGCCACUACACGUCGAUACCCUGCCACCAUGCAUGGAGCUUUUCUUACUGGGCUCAGGGAAGCUGCAAAUAUGGCUCAAUAUGCCAACGCUCGGACUGCAAAGAAAAAGAUAGACAGGAGUCCUUCAAAUAAUGUUCAUUCUUGUGCUUCCCUCCUUAUGGAUUUGUUCAGAGAACCUGAUUUGGAAUUCGGGAACUUUUCUGUUAUUUUUGGUCGAAAGAAUGCUGAUCCAAAGUCACCAGCAGUGUUGAGGAUAACAUUCAGCGAGCCCCGAAAGAAGAAUCAGGAAGGUUCAAAGACAGAUCAGCAACAUUCUAAUAAGGUGCUUUUUCAGCAGCUACAGUCACAUUUUAAUCAGCAGCAACAGCUACAUGUUUACACAUUGUUAUCUAAGCAACAGGCACUUGAGUUGAGAGAAGUGAGAGGUGGUGAUGAGAUGAGGUUGAACUACCUCUGUGAAAAUCUGGGAAUUAAGCUGGUGGGACGGAAGGGUUUGGGACCUAAUGCUGAUUCUGUCAUUGCAUCUAUAAAAGCACAGAGGGGUGUCCGGAAACCCUCAACAACUCCUGUGGUUCUAAAAUCUGGGGCAUCGAAGAUGAAACCAGGCACUUUAAAGCAAAAAUUCAUUAGGAGGGCUAAAAUAGUCCGCAACACUAAAGGGUUGAUUCCAGCUCUGGUUCCGAAUGCAGCAAAUGGCAAUAUGCCAGAGGAAAUGAAAGUGAUAAAGCAGGCUCCUCCUGACUCCUCUGCUUCGGGGCAAAACCAAGGUGAGAUGUUGAAGCAAUGAGCUGGGUAUGUCGGUGUGUCCUUUUCUGAAGAUCUUGAGAGUUCUUGGUCAGUGACAUUGCCUAAGCCUGACUAUUCUGUUGUCCCCCCAAAAAAAAAAAAAUAAAUGCGUAGAGCUUGCAUUAUUGCUGUUCCCAUCAUUGGUUAAACUCUCAGCUCAAUCGGUUUUACUGUGAAGUUGUCUUUUCCACUUGGCCUAUAUCCUCAAAGGUUAUAAAUGCUACAGUUUGCUAUACAUCAAGCGAGAACCUGUUUUUGGCAAUGGUUGGGAUGCAUUUAUCGAGUGUCAAGUUCCCCAUCAAAGACAUCUCUGCCACCUUCUGCAGCCCCAACUUGACUUCAGAAUCACUUCUCCGUAACAUUGUCAACAAAGCUUGUGAUCACAGUUUGGCUAUGAUGACAAACUGUUUAAUAUUCAUGAAGCCUGUUGCUACCAGAUCCGAGGGAGAAAUGUUCUGCUGUGGCUGAGGAUUUCCAGUAAGAUGCAGUGUGAGAAAAAGAACAGGCAAUGGUUCUUUUAUAGAGUUCACGAUUGACCUCACCCCAUCAAACAAACUGAGAAAAUCGACCCAAUAUCGCCAUUUACAAGAAUGGCUGAUGCUUACUAUACCCUCAAGUUGUAAGAGUUAAAAUUACAUUGGCCUCAACGUUACUUGGAUUUGGAUGGAAUAUUGAUGUGUUUUAACACGGUAUGUUCAACUGCUGCUUUCUAUACCCUCAAGGCUGGAAUUCUAGGAUCUCUGAUCAACGGUGACUUGUAAGAGUUAAAAUUACAUCAGCCUCAACGUUACUCGGAUUUGGAUGUAAUAUUGAUGUGUUUUAACACGGUAUGUUCAAUUUUCUUAAAUAUUUACUUGCAUUUGGGCAAAUAUCUAUUUAUGUAUAUCUUCUAGUCAAUACCUAAUUAUACAUCAGGAGGUAUAGGAAGUUUUGGGCAAAUAUGAGUAAAGAAUGAUGUACAUGAAUGUUGAAUAUUGAGAGAUUUUAUUUUAAGUUCAACUUCACUAUAAAUAUUUUUCUUUUA